AUGAUCAAGCAGGCCUACACCAGAGCCGUUCCGGUAGCAGCAUGCCGCCGUAAUUGGGCAGUGCUUAUGAGGAGGCAGCAGCGAUAUGAAGAGGGCAAAUGGCAUUGUGGUGACAAAGCCUUGACCGAUCCAACCAUGUUUGUGGGGACUAUGGUGGACUGUGCGUCUAUCGCCUGCUCCGUUUCGGGGGAUGCAGGCGAGUGCGACGCCGCCAUGUCAUUUGUUCCGACAGGAACGCGCGAAACCUCUGUGUGCCAAGAGGAUCAAUAUCACGAAGGAUCAACUGCGCGCCACUGGCACCGAGAGGACACUCGGCAUCCACCAGGUGUUUGGACAGCCCUGCCUUCCCUCUCAGAUUCCCCUGCCGCACCGCGCAGCGUCCUGUGGCGCGAAAAUCCGCUAAAAGGUUGCGAGGCGUUUUCUGCUGGCUGGUGCCGUCAGGGUACUGGAGUUGCACUGACCGUGAGGCGAAAUCAGACAGUGGACAAGAUGCAGGACGGCAGGAUUACAUCGACUCCGACGCCACGAAUCCACUCAGCCUUGCCCUCGGUACCGCAGGUUCCUUUGCUGCUUCAUCCCCACAAACCGCUUCUCUUCUCGGCACAUGGCAGCUGCAUGCGCCUAUUCAACUAUGAGACACAGCAGUGGGAGCUGGACGAAGUACACCAUCUCCAGGAGAAGCCGCAGCAACGUGUCACUCUCCCCGCGGCGGAUAACCCCCUCGUUGCUGGGGAGCAGCGCGGGCAGCCGCAACAGCAACAGCAACAGACGAGACACACCAUGGAUAUAGCCGCAGCUGAUUGUGUGUGUCUCGAUUGUGGUCGCCGCAGCACCAGCGUUCCUGUGUUUGCAAGAGUCCCCUGUAGGAACGCAAACAGCAGCAACUGCGUGUGGCUAACAGCAGGCGAUGAUAAGACCUUGUGUCUGUGGCGCGACAACUCGUUUGAGCUCCUGCAGCGCCGCAUGCAGCGAAAGAAAGCCUCUGCUGCCUGCUUUGUAUCCUCUGCUGGCCCCUGGCAGCGGAGGCGGCAGGGGCAGGAGGGAGAACCCUUGCACGGAGAGCACCGCAUGCACGUGCUAUUAUGCGACAAAUUUGGGGAUGUCUUUCUGCUUCCAAUGGAAUCGUUAGGAGGCCAGCAACGGCUGGCGGGUGACGUCGUGCUAGAACAGCUGCACGCCACGGAUACAUCGGAGAAGCAUUGCUGCCUGGAUAACAGCUCAAGCAGCGGUGCAAGCUGCAGUGCUGACGCCACCAAGAGCACAAGCUGCAUAGGAGCUAUGCCAGCGGAGAACAACGACGAUGAUGACGAGGUGGACGGCGAUGUGCCUGUAAUAGCCCAUCUCACGACGGUCACCUGUCUCAAGCUGAUAGCCGUGCAGCCGCCGCAGCAAGAGAAGCAGCAGCAAGGGAACGAUGCCGAAGUGCUCAUAACAGGAGAUCGCGAUGAGAAGAUUCGGCUGUGCUUUGCCAGCAGCCCCUGGAAUCUCGAGGCAGCGCAUUUGGGACACUUGGAAUUUAUUACUGAUGUUGCACCGAUCCUAAACAGCAGCACGAGCGGUAGCGAACUGCUACAGCAGAAGUGGGUCGUUAGUGCGAGUGGCGACUGCACGCUGCGAUUGUGGGAAAUGCAAACGGGCAGGCUUCACUCUCAGGGCAGUCUGGCACUUCAACCAUCGAGUCUGUUCAAGGAGGCGCUGCCCCUUGUGAAUUCGCUGCUGCAAGAGGCGUCACCCCUGCAGCACAAUUCCAAGGAGGCACUGCCAACCUGUGCAGUGUUGCGGGGUCACCUGCUGCCAGUCAAAGUGUUCGUUGACGAAAAGCAGUGCCUCAUAGUCGUGCAGGUGCUACAGCUGAAGGGCCUUUUGCUGAUUCCAUACAACAGCAACGCCCUCCAGCAGCCCCUACAGCAGGUGUACGGACAGGCCCAAGUUGUACCUUUGCAGUAUGCUGUUGGCUCAGUACUAGUGGCGCGCCAUGCCCGACAAGAUAUCGAGACUUUCCCUAUCUUUGCAGCCCUCAAGCAGCAACUGCAACAACUUGAGCAGCAGCAACAGCAGCAGCAACAGCAACUGCCCUUAGAGAGCAUUCUGGUGGCGUGGGUUGUCGAUACUGAGGGGAGAGUGCAUGCGCCGAUUUGCUUAGAGCUGCAGCUCCUUGCAGGUAUGCAGCAGCAGCAGCAGCCACACACCUGCAGCACGUUGCUCCCACUCGUUGAAGGGAGUUCGCCGCCGCAUACCCCUCAGCACCAGCAGCAGCAAAGGGUAUGCCACUGGUGGAAGCUUACGAGAGAUCCAGAGGCCCCUACGGUAGAUGAGCGCAGAGCUAAACGACUUCGGCACAAGCACUUACAGCAGCAGCAACAGCUUGAGCUAAAGCUUCAACAGCAGAAGAAGCACCAACAUGACGAG